UUUCUCUUUUGACGUUAAGUCGUUAAAAAACCGUUAAACAUCAAUGUUAUCUAUUAACAUUCAAGUGAUAUGUUAUCAAAAUCAAACUAAAACUAUAAAAGAUGAAUGCAACAUCAAAAUUCUUACAGAAUUUCGUAAUACAAGUGUUUGUUACGUACUUUAUUGAAAGAAUACAAAGACUUGUGACAGUUAUUUGGAAACUAUUUUAAGAAGCAAUCGUUAAACUUCAACUAACUUUUAACUCAAAUCAUGAAGAUAAUAAAAGAAAAUAUUGUCAGCAAAAUUAUAAUAUUCAACUGUAUGCUAUUAAUAAGUUUUUGUCAAAUAAGUGGUAUGAUGGUGAGAAAUAUAACAAAUAUAGAGAAAGAGGGACAUCAUGUGAGCUUCAACCAUUUUUUUCCUCUGAAUGUUGAGGAAAAAUUUAUCAGUGAAAAACAAAAAAUUGGCUCCUGUGGCAAUUGUUAUAUUGAAAGUGAUCAUCAUAACCAUUUAAAUCGAAGAAAUGACUUGAACUGGUAUGAUAAGUGUUUUGGACAGUUGCAAUCCUGUGCUGUAAUCAAAGAUUCAUCUGGAAAUAAUGCGAAUCCAAGCGACUGUACCGGAAGCUGUGCAUGUGUUUGUUAUACAUCAGAUCUACCUGAUGAUCAACAACAAAUUGACUCUUUAUGUCUUGAUCCACUUUAUGUAGAUGUUUCCCAGCAAUAUGUUAUUACUGGAGUCCGAUUUACAACCGUCAGAAAUAUGGUAAUGUUGCAAAUUCAAGAAGGAAAACUACAACACGGAGGAAUCAUCGCUCGGGGUACCAAUCAUUGGGUACCGCCAUCAAGAAACUGCACCAAAGUAGCACCUAUUGUUCAUGAUGAAACAUCCUUUGUUUUUGAUAACAUAACAUUCCCAUCUGACUACGCACUUACUGGUAUAUCAUUCAGAAAGUGUGUAGAAUCAUGGGAACAUAUGAAUAUAAAAAUAAAAACCAUUAGAAACUGUAAAGAUGAUUUUAUUUUCCUUACUGCUUACGGAGCUAGUUUCGAUGAUAUUCUAAGAGGGUACAAUGGUAAAAUACUUGAAGGUGAACGAAGUGGUGCCUUAAGUCUCUCAGGAAGGCAUGAUUACACUAAAAAAGAUAUGUUGAUUCCAACGAAAGCUGAAAAACAUGAUCAACAAGAAAAGAGAGGAAAUUUCGCGACAUUCAGAUCUACUAAACGUAUAUCUAAUGAUGCUGUACCAAUUAUUCCUUACAUUAGUACUCAAGACUUCAUGGCAAAACCAACGAGACCAUUGGUGGGCAUAGAAAUGAUCUAUUAUGGAGAUGAUCAUCAUGGUGGAUAUAUUUCACCUGUUAUUUAUAUUAAAUAAAAUUAAGUUAAUAAAAUUAAUUAUUUCAAAGAAA